AUGGCUAAGGAAUUGGAAGCUCUUGAAUUGAACAAAACAUGGGAAGUAGUAACUUUACCUACUGGGAAGAAAACUCUUCCCUGGAAAUUAAAUUUCCUCACACAUACUCGACCACACCUCUCCUUUGCUGUGCAACACCUCAGUCAAUUCAUGCAAAUGCCUCGCCAGCCUCAUCUAGAUGCGGCCUUUCACUGCCUUAAGUAUCUCCUCAAAGAUCCUGGUUUAGGACUUUUUCUAAAUUCAAGGCCUGAUUAUCAACUGCUCGCAUUCUGUGAUUCCGAUUGGGGAUCUUGUCCUCAAUAUCGCAAAUCCAUUAAUGGAUUCUUCAUCAGCCUGGGAGGUACCCCUAUUUUCUGGAAAUCAAAGAAGCAAACUUCAGUCUCUCUUUCGUCUGCUGAAGCAGAGUAUCACUCAAUGAAAAAAGUUGCGGCAAAAUUUACCUGGUUGGUCCGUUUAUUAGGCGAUCUGUCUAUUUCCCUAUCUCACAUUGAGGACAUAUUCACCAAACCCUUAGCUGGGUCGGCACAUAGUUCCAUUAUUGGCAAGUUGGGUGUGGCUACUCCCCCCUCUAACUUGAGGGGAGGUGUUGGAGCUGGUUGUUUAGCGUCUACUAUGAAGGAUUUAGAUGAAAAAGAAGAGAACAAAAGAGAGGAUUUAGGGCUUGGUCUGAACUAA